GGAAAUUAUUGUCUAAUAAUUUGUCAAUUCUCAGAACAAGAAGAAUGGUUCAGUGAGGGCAGAGACGAACUUAUAAGAGCUAUCAGAGUAACCAGACGACAAAACAAGAAUCUGGCGCGAAACAUCAUCUUGUUUGUGGGAGACGGCAUGGGAAUAUCUACCGUUACAGCAUCAAGGUUAGUGAACACUGGACAACUGAGAGGAGAAGACGGUGAAGACAACCUGUUGUACUUUGAACGGUUUCCUCACGUGGGUCUAGUGAAGACGUACAGCGCAGACUCACAGGUCACGGGCUCAGCCGCCGCUGGGACUGCCAUUCUGACAGGUGUCAAAAUUAACUCAGGUGUCCUGGGUUGUGACAGCAGGGUCAAGAAAGGCAAUUGUUCUGCCUUUACCGAAAAUACCAAACUGAAAACUAUACUGCAUGCUUUCAUCAACGAAGGUCUGUCUACCGGGAUAGUAACCAACUCCCGCAUCACCCACGCCACCCCGGCCUCAGCCUACGCCCAGACGCCUCACCGAGGCUGGGAGGGUGACGUGGACCUUCCCCAUGGCGACACAGACUGCGCCCACGUUGACGACAUCGCCAAGCAGCUCAUUCUGAACAACGCAGACAUCAAGGUCAUACUUGGAGGUGGCCGACGCUACUUCCUGGACAACUCGACCCAAGAUCCAGUUCUGGGGACCGUCGACCCACACCAGAGACGUGAUGGACUGAACCUCGUUGACGAGUGGAAGAAAGACAAAAUCAGGAGGAACGCCACUCACAGUUACGUUUGGCAAAGAUCUGACUUUGACGCCGUUGACAGCAAUAGCACUGAAUUCCUGCUAG